AUGAAUUUCUAUCCGGUCCCUCCAGUCAUCGAAGCGCAAGUAUUGACGCGCAUACCGGACACUCUGCGCUGCAAAGGCGAAAGCGAUUGGCGAGGAGGCUUCACUGGAAACUUCCAGAAUAUCUUUCUUGAAGGCCCAACAUGUGACGGAGAUGGCAACCUUUUUGUGACCGACGUUCCAUACGGGCGCAUCCUGAAAGUGGACCAGCAUAAUGGCAACGCUACUGUUUGCGUGCAGUACGAUGGAGAACCCAACGGCAUGGCUCGGCGCAAGGACGGCAAAUUCAUUGUUGCAGACUACAAGAAGGGCCUUCUACUCUUUGAUCCAAGUACAAACGAGGUGUCAAAUCUGCUCACUAGGAACAAUCUCGAAAGUUUCAAGGGAGUCAAUGAUGUAAUCAUCGACAGCAAGGACAACGUUUUCUUCACCGAUCAAGGACAGACCGGCAUGACUGAUCAGUCGGGUAGAGUGUAUCGUCUUGGUACCGAUGGCAGACUUGACAAGUUGGUGAACAACGGCAUCUCUCCCAACGGACUUGCCCUGUCGCUCGACGAGCGCUUCUUGUACGUCGCUAUGACCAGGUCAAAUGAAGUGUGGAGACUUCCACUGCAUAGCGACGGAUCCACGUCCAAGGCAGGAGUCUUCUUCAGAUCGUUUGGCAACGCCGGACCCGAUGGGGUCGUCCUAGACGAGGAAGGCAAUGUGCUCAUCUGUCACCCGAGUCUUGGCUCGAUCUUUGUGGUGGACAAACACGGCGUACCUAAGGCCAGAAUUGUUAGUGGUUCAGUAGGGAUCAACUUGACCAAUUGCACAUUCGGGGGCCCAGAGGGUAGAACAAUCUACAUCACAGACAGUCUAGAGGGCAAUAUUCAGACGGUAGAAUGGCAUUGUCGAGGGGCCAUGUUCAGAUAG